AUGCUGACGCCCGAGGAGCAGCAGCUAUCAGCGCUAGGACCACCCUGCAAGAGAAUUCAGCAGUGCCAGCGUGCCCUGUGGCAGAUCGACAAGGUAUGUGAGGCCACCCGCCUCUGUUGCAGCGCUGGGAUCGUCGCGUUCGGGAACAGCCAGCAGCAGCAGCAGGACUGGGCUCCCAGCGCCAGGGAGUGCCACCUCAGACGGCAGAGACACGAUGGCAGCGGCGGCGGCCCGUGGCGCUGCUCCGCGAGGUGCGGCUGCUGCUGGUGCCCGGCGUCGACGGCUGCUGCUCGAGGACCAGCGAUGGCGAGGGAGGCGGGCAGCUGCUGUGGACCCCCGUCGCCGGCGCAGGAGCUCGAGAGGAGGGGCGGCGCCAGGGGCGGCGCUGGGGGCGGCGCCAGGGGUGGCGCCAGGGGCUGCGCCAGGG